AUGAUCCACGGCGGCCAAUCAUCAUGUCUUCUAAGCCAUUUUUCUUUCUUCAAAGGCUUUGACACAGUCAUUGGUGAGGGCGCUCUGCAACUGUCCGGUGCUGAAAAGCAACGCAUUGCUCUUGCUCGAGCUUUGGUUCGCAGGCCGCAGAUUCUCGUUCUAGAUGAGGCUACGAGCGCACUGGAUACAGAAAGCGAAAAAGCCGUACAGGAGGCGUUGAAUGUGGGCAAGAAAAAUCGAACUACAAUCUGUAUAGCUCAUAGACUUUCGACAGUCAAAGAUGCAGACAAAAUCAUAGUUUUCGAGGAGGGUCGCAUUGUCGAAAAAGGUGAUUCGAUCAAAAGUGACCUAGAAAUUCAAAUGUGUUUCCAUGCACAAAUAUCUAAUCAAACAAACAAGAAAAAUAGCCGAAGCCGUUGCGCGUUACCCUAG